UUCUUUGGUAGUGUCUCUGUUUACGUUAUUGUUGUCAGUGCCGUGUCUAUUAGGAAUACAGUGUUGUUUACCGAGGAAUGCAAGGCUAGCCUAAUAGAUGAAUUUGUAAUCAAUUGACUUGAUAUACAGUAAUAUUAUGUUUUCUGCUAUGCAAAUGCCGACCAUGAAGUUCCAUUCAAAAUUUCGAUCAGCAGUGAUGCGCAGGGACUGAUGGGUAAUCAGCCAUAUUGUUUUAUAUCGCGGAGUACAAAAUUGAAGUCAGUAGUGCGCAGGGUGCGGAGUUGAAAGUGUAGUUCACAAUGGCAGGAAAUGCGGGAAUGGAGCAGCUAAUACCAAUAGUGAACAAACUCCAAGAUGCGUUCACUCAGCUUGGCGUACAUAUGCAACUGGAUUUGCCCCAGAUAGCAGUGGUAGGAGGACAGAGUGCGGGCAAAAGUUCGGUUUUGGAAAAUUUCGUCGGAAGGGACUUUCUACCUCGAGGUUCAGGAAUUGUCACACGAAGACCCCUUAUUUUGCAGCUUAUAAAUAGUUCAACUGAGUAUGCAGAAUUUCUUCACUGCAAAGGGAAGAAAUUUGUUGAUUUUGAUGAGGUUCGCCGUGAAAUAGAAGCGGAAACAGACAGGGUCACUGGAUCUAACAAAGGAAUUUCCAAUAUACCCAUAAAUCUUCGUGUCUAUUCUCCAAAUGUUUUGAAUCUGACUCUUAUCGAUCUACCGGGUAUAACUAAGGUUCCAAUUGGAGACCAGCCGCCUCAGAUUGAACAGCAGAUCAAGUCAAUGAUCAUGACCUACAUAACUCAAGACAAUUGCUUGAUUUUGGCUGUGACUCCAGCAAACUCUGAUUUGGCAAACAGUGAUGCUUUGAAAAUGGCAAAAGAUGUUGACCCAGCAGGCAUCAGAACCAUAGGUGUUAUAACCAAACUGGACCUCAUGGAUGAAGGUACUGACGCACGGGAUAUUCUUGAAAACAAGCUACUCCCUCUCCGGAGAGGGUAUAUUGGGGUAGUUAAUAGAAGUCAGAAGGAUAUUGAAGGAAAGAAAGAUAUUAAAGCUGCUUUGGCUGCCGAGAGGAAGUUUUUUCUCAGUCAUCCAUCUUAUCGUCACAUGGCAGAUCGCCUUGGAACGCCAUAUUUACAGAGAGUUCUAAAUCAACAGUUAACCAAUCAUAUUAGAGAUACAUUACCAAGUCUAAGGGACAAGCUUCAGAAACAACUGUUGACCUUGGAAAAAGAUGUGGAACAGUAUAAACAUUUUCGCCCAGAUGAUCCUGCGAUUAAGACUAAAGCAAUGCUUCAGAUGAUUCAGCAGUUGCAAUCGGAUUUUGAAAGGACUAUUGAAGGAUCUGGCUCUGCACAGAUAAAUACAAUGGAACUUUCAGGUGGUGCAAAGAUUAACAGACUAUUCCAUGAGAGGUUUCCAUUUGAAAUUGUCAAAAUGGAAUUUGAUGAAAAAGAACUCAGAAGAGAAAUAGCAUUUGCUAUUAGAAAUAUUCAUGGUAUUAGGGUUGGCCUGUUUACACCUGAUAUGGCCUUUGAGGCAAUUGUUAAGAAACAAAUUGCUCGGUUAAAGGAACCGAGCUUAAAAUGUGUUGACUUGGUUGUAGCAGAACUGUCAAAUGUAGUUAGAGUUUGCACCGAUAAGAUGUCACGGUAUCCUAGAUUGCGCGAAGAAACUGAACGAAUAAUUACUACACACAUCCGGCAGCGGGAACAAAAUUGUAAAGAACAAAUUAUUUUGUUGAUCGAUUGUGAACUAGCAUACAUGAACACAAAUCAUGAGGAUUUCAUUGGAUUUGCCAAUGCCCAACAAUCUUCAGAAAAUUCCGUUAAAGCAGGACGUAAACUGGGAAAUCAAGUUAUUCGUAAAGGUUACAUGUGUAUACACAAUUUGGGAAUAAUGAAAGGUGGUUCCAGGGACUACUGGUUUGUCCUUACCUCAGAAAGCAUAUCCUGGUUUAAAGAUGAAGAGGAGCGAGAGAAAAAGUACAUGCUGCCUCUUGAUGGACUCAAGCUGCGAGAUGUUGAACAGAGCUUCAUGUCAAGAAGGCAUACAUUUGCACUGUUUAACCCUGAAGGAAGAAAUGUAUACAAGGAUUACAAGCAGUUGGAGCUGAGUUGUGAGAACCAAGAUGAUGUAGACUCGUGGAAAGCAUCAUUCCUGCGAGCAGGGGUUUAUCCAGAGAAGUCAACAGAGCAAGCCAAUGGGGAGGAGGUUAGGGUAAGUGUUGAGUCUGGCAAGAGUGGCAGAUCAGCUGUCGAAGAAGUGAAGUCAUCGGACCUGGGCGCUGGGGAAGGAAGUUCUUCGAUGGAUCCACAGCUGGAGCGCCAAGUUGAAACAAUCAGGAAUUUGGUCGAUUCUUACAUGAAAAUAGUUACAAAGACAACUAGGGAUCUUGUCCCAAAAGCAAUCAUGCUAAUGAUAAUCAACAAUACAAAGGACUUUAUCAAUGGUGAGCUGUUGGCGCACUUGUAUGCCUCUGGAGAUCAGGGACAAAUGAUGGAAGAGAGUCCUGAAGAGGCUCUUAAGCGAGAAGAGAUGCUAAGAAUGUAUCAUGCCUGUAAAGAAGCACUUAGAAUUAUAGGAGAUGUUUCAAUGGCAACUGUAUCAACGCCUGUUCCCCCUCCUGUGAAGAAUGACUGGCUUGUUUCUGGCCUGGAAAACCCAAGACUGUCACCACCUUCUCCUGGUGGUCCUAGGAGGACUCCAAUGCAGCCAACUCCUGCUGUUGGCUCUAGGGCUCCACCGCCGCCACCAGCAACAAGCAGGCCAGCUCCGAACAUCCCUAACAGGCCAGGUCCAGAUGCUGCACAGGGGCAGCGUGCUCCCCCAUCACUGCCUGGAAGACCUCAGUCUGGAGCUGGUCUUCCACCACCACUUAUUCCUUCGCGGAGGCAGUAACUGCAAAUAACUGCAUGACACAAAUCUUCAGUCAGUUAACAAACUGUGAUGUGUUUGUAUAAAUACUAACCUCGAUUUUGUCAGGAUUGGUCUCAUUAUAACACAAAUUGUAAGAAGUCAGUUCUGUAGACUUUCAAAAUGUUACCUAUACACCCCUGUACUGUGCAGUUAUUAGUCAGUGGUAUCCAUAAAGGUUGUCUAGUGAUUACACUUUAAAUGGGAAAAGAACAACAAUGUUAUUGUAUUGUUAAUAAGCUUAAUGAUGACUCAGUACUUAAUAUAGACCAUUUCAUUUUGAAAAGCUGGGUGACUUAUACUGUAAAAAUGUGAGAGCACACACCAGUGUAUAGUUGUGUAGGUAAACCACACACACUGUUAAGGAAGCAGGUGUAGCAAUGUUUCUAUUGCACCAGUCCAGACAGUGUUACAUUUAUUUGUUGCCCCAUAUAUAUUUUAGCCAUGCUGCUAAUAUUAUCAUGUGUUUCAGUAGCAUUUUCAUUGGUGACUUAUUAAUCUUUUAAUGUGUGUUAGUAUUUCUUAUAAGUGAUUUAUCUAAUAACAAUGGAGAUGGUACUGCCUGCUGGAAUCUGAGCAUUUCAGACUUCCAAAGGAUUCAUUCAAAGUUCAGUGCAAAUGUGUAUUGAAUUUGACCCAUAAAGGGCAAGCAUAUACCUAUGUCCAUAAUUUUGCCGUUACAUACUUAAUAAAAUUGUCCAGAAUAUAUUCAACCAAUACCCAUUUGUUUAUCUGGAGCUAAUGUUGUAGAGAAAGCAAAUCUACAUUUGUCAUGAGAGAAAUGUAUAAAGUAUAGAACUAGGCACAUCUGCCUAACAAUAUUCCCUGCUGAUAAGCACAUGUUAAAGAAGACCCUUCCAUAUAUGGAGUGUUGUUUAUUUGGAAAGUUGCCCUCUGGCUGUAAACAAUGAGGUUGGCAAUAGGAUUUAUUCUGGCACAUGCACAACUUCAAAUUUUAUUUAUUUCUUCUUUUUCCAAACAAGUAUAAAAUUACACUGGCUGUGUUCACAGUUGAUCCUUGUAGAUUAAGUUAUAGGGUAGUUUAUGAGUUCCCAAAUACAUAAAUAGUGUGUCUAUGGACAUUGGGUAUAUGCCGAAUACAUUUUACAUAAGUAUAUUCUAGCAUACUUUGGUUGUCGUUAGAAUCUUUGGGCGGGGGAUCUAACUGUUCUUGUCUGCUGUCUGCGCACAGCCGGGGUGGCAGCGGGGGAAUUCUGGGGACAGCCAUGACAGGCAUGCCUCCCAUCCCCCACCGUGUGCAGCAGGCGGUCGGCCAGGCUGCAGCACAGGCGGCUGUCAAUGAGUUAAGAGAUGCUUUCCGAAUGCCAAA